GUAUAAUGCAAAUAUAACUAACUGACUAACUGCCUGGCCCAAAAACUAAAACAGUCCCAUGAACCAAAUCAACCCAAGCCCGGCACUACAAGUAUAAAACCUUAUUGCUAGGGCAGGGGCAGACUGAAAGGAAAUUCUUGAAGACCCGAGGCGAAAGUUUUUUUUUGAUAGGUGACCUGAGGCGAAGACACCGAAGAAGCACCAGGCGAUGACCACCGGAGAAGACGAUGCCCAUCGGAUUUAACAAUUGCUAGUGUUUUCUGUCGAGGGUCAAAGUUUUUUUUUUUUUGCAUAUCUCAUUCUUUCGGCAUCUAGAACUUGUUUAUUUAUUAUUUGAAGAGUGAUGUUUAAGCUUAUAACGGGAAGAAGGUGGGUAGAGAGAUCUGUCCGUGCAAAAAAACAGGAGAUCUGGGAGAAGAGAGAAUAUGACAUAGAGGAGGAUAAGUUAAGUGGAUUACCAGAUGAAGUUCUAUUGUCCAUUCUGUCUCUCUUGUCAUUGAAAGAAGCAGCAAGGACUAGUGUCCUUGCACGACGAUGGCGCAGGGUUUGGACUUUUAUUCCCAUAUUGAAUUUUGAUGCUUCACCGGCCUUACUUGCCCUGAAGGAACGAUGGAGAAUGGUAGGAUCCUUUGAUAACAAGAUGCUUGCUGUGGAAAGGGAUAAAUAUGUCGAUUGGGUAAAUCUUGCCUUGGAGGCAUAUCAGGGAUCUUCCAUAGACGAACUUCGGGUUCGAUUUGAUUUGGAUGAAAUUCAUAGUUAUGAUAUUGACAAAUGGGUUUACUUUGCAAUUGAAAAGAAAGUUAAACGGCUGGUGAUGAAGUUUCAGAAGUGCAUGGCUUAUGUGUAUAAUGAAAAGGUUUACUCUUUCCCCCCAUUACGUGACACUUUUAAGACGCUGCAUUAUUGUAGAUCCCUUAUAGCUCUAGAGUUGAAUUGUGUAAACAUAAGUGGAGGUGUUGUUGAAUACUUUAUAGCUAGUUGCCCAUAUCUUAGGCAAUUAUCAGUUAAAUAUUCAGAUUCUCUUGCUGAUCUUAAAGUUUCUGGGGAAUCACUUUGCUUGGAGUACUUGAAGAUAGUACGUUGCAACAAAUUGAAAAGCAUAUAUAUCUCUGCAGAAAAUCUCUUAUCAUUUGUGUAUUCUGGUCCUACGAUAAAGAUCUCUUUUGCGAAUGUACCCAACCUUGUCGAACUAUCUUUUGAUCGGAUUUAUGCUCUACGUUACUUACCUCAGGCUUCAAAUUUUGCAGCUCAACUAGUGACACUUGAACUAAAAGUGCUAAUGCCCGAGGUUAGCAUACUAAAUUAUGUUUUCUUAGUUUUUGUUCCCCUAGAUUUCUUUUGAUUGGAAC